CAUACUAUCACGUUUAUCUUUCCAAAUUUGAUAUUCGAACAAUGAUAAUUAUGAAUAAAAGAUAAAACAGUGUUUAGUAAAAUAUGGUAAAUAUUAUUGUUUAUAGUUGGUAUGUAUUUAAAAAAUAUUAUGUAUACGAAAACAUGUUUUAAUUCAAAAACGUCUUUUUCUUAAAAAGUAGAUGGUUGUAAAUUAUAACACAUAUAAUUUUAAUAGCUGUUAAAAUGUGAAACUGUUACUGCAUGUUAUGAGAAUAAUCGUUGGCACAAUUUCCAAGCAGGUGACUUUAAAGUAAUUACAAGAAAUAAGUACCUAUUGAGAAUAAACACACUAUCCGUCAGCAAAACAAAUGAAUCGUUCCAAAUUCCGUAUGAAAUUACUUGACUGUCAAAUGUUCUCGUACUAUUUGAUUUUAAAUUGAUACAUUAUAGUAAUUCAUAUCCGCAUCUUGGUUUAUGUUAUAAAAACACUAGAAUUAAGAAUAGGCACCUGUUCCUGAUAGAAUAGAGCAUAUCGUAGUCUAAUAUAUAUUAUUAAUGUUAAAAGUUUAUACAUUAACAUUAUAUUUCAAUUGUAAAAAAAAUACAAUAUUACGCCUAACAAAAUAUCGUACUAUAUCAGCCAUUAACUGUCCACUGCUGAACAUAUAUCCUUAUACUCCAUAAGGAUUUGCUAGUAGAUACCAUGCUUGGGCGGUGAGUUGGCAAUCGCAGAUAAGCUUUGGUGAUGUUUUAAGAGGAAUGCUGCUCUCCAUCCCUCGACCAUUAAGUUACCUUAAUCGCUUCUUACGAUACCCACGGGAAAAGAAGGGGUCUCCCAUUAUAAGCAGGGACCACACGGCCAAUCAAAAUACAUAUAAGUAUAAUCAUUAAGUAUGUAGUACAGAUAAUUAGUCACACUUCAUCUUUUAGUUCAUUCAAACAUACAAUGUUUCGCAUAAAAGUAGUACUCGUAGGAUAAAUUAGUAAGUAGAAUUACCAUUAUUUAUCUAUUUUCCACCACUUAUAAGUUAAAUACCAUUUAAUCUUAUAAUCCUGUUUUAGCUAUUGCAGUGUUAUUUUUUAUUUCUUAUUAGUUGACCCGGCGAACUUCGUACUGCCUAUCAAUUUAAGCUGUUUUUUACGUGACUCUUUCCGAUAUUUUAAUAGUUAUUCUACUAUUCGUGGCAGAGACGAAACCAACGAAUCAUAGAUCAUCAAACUCUGUCCAGCUGUUCUGGAGUUAUAAAUGGUGUAACUAACUAACUAACUAAUAAAAUCGGGUAAAUAGAUACAGAUCGAAAUCGAACGCAAUGUAGAACGACCCUCUACUAGAUGGAGCGACGACCUCAAAUGCACUGCAUGGAGUCAGUGAAUGCAGGUGGCUCAGAACCAUUCCCUAUGGCAGUCUAUGGGGAGCCUUAUGUUCAGCAGUGAACGAAGAAUGGCUGAAAUUAUGAUGAGAAUAUAGUAAAGAGUAUAGACAACAACAGUCAACAAAUGUUUCUGUCUGUCACAUUUGAGAUCAUAGUCGUGAGCAUAUUUACAACACGGAAAUUGAGAUAUUAUAACAUUGAAAACUGUAGUGACUGUUAUAACAUAAAAGUUUAUAUCAGUAACAAUAAAAUACGAACUUGGGUUUUAUCGAAUAUUGUUCUUUGAAAAUGCAAGCACAAUACAUUUUUACUGCGAUCCUUAUAAACAAAAUCUUUGCAUAUAGAACAUCCAUAUGCCUGAGGAAGCACGAGGAGUUUUCUCUUUGUGGAUGGAAGUGUCCGGCUACGUGUGUGAAUCUACGUCUGUUAGCGACUGAGAAAGUGAACUGUCCUUCUGUAUGGGAGUGCAGAGUGGGCUGCCAAUGUUCAGCUGGAUUUAUCAGGGAUGAAUACACUAAGAAUUGCAUUUUAGUACAGGAUUGUCCAGAUAAAACUUCGUGUCCACCAGAGGAGGUGAUGGGCUUUAAUCUUCAGUGCAUCACACGCAAGCGCACCACAAUCACUAAUGAUAUCCACUGGGAAUAUUAUGAUGAAAUGCCUACGUACGAGAAUGUUCCAGAAACAUUAACAGGAUAAGUUGUAACUGUGAAGUGUCGACAUUAAAUUGUAUUGUAAAUAUUCACAAUGUGUAAUGAUAUUCAUUGUUUAGUAAAGAAAUAUUACCGUUUUUAUAAUGUAUGAUGAUGGAAUGGUAAACCAUACUGUGCAAACGGUAUACGCUGGCGGGGCACCAGUGAGGGAUGAUAGGUGAGAAUGAAAAAAGCAGGUUAGUUAGCUCAUCGUGAUGAUUACACUUGGAAUUCAGCACGCGGGUUUCUAGGGGGGACUAUGGGGAGGUCGACCUGAUAGGGUUAAUUGUUAGCAAUGGAACUGGUAGUCCACAUUACUAACAAUCCUUG